GCACCAUAUGUAUGCAUGGAUAAUUUCAAGCCAUGUCAGACUCUGAGGAUUCAGAAAGCUUUUUGAGUGCUGAUGAAGGAGAUGCUGGUAAUGUGUCAAGUGACAUAACACUCUCCAGUGACUCAGAACCUGAAGAGAAGGAGAAGGCUGUCACUGGAGGGGCUGGUCAUGAAUCAAGUGACAUUACUCUAUCUAGUGAUGAAGAUGAAAGCCCAGUACAGUCAGCUAAGGGGACAACACAAGAUAAAAAGGUUGGUAGAGCUGGAAGCAAUGAGGAAACAAAAACAAAGACAAAACUUGUGGCCAGCAGGCAUGAGAAGGAACAGUUAUCAUCUGGUAUUGGAAAGCAUGCCGAAGAAGACUCAAGCUCAAAAGUUCAAUCAGGCGAAGCUGCUAAAACAUUUGAGGUGUCCUGCAUGUCACACACCCUGUCAAAGGUGACCAAUGUUGAAACUGAAAAGCAAACUGUGGAAAAGGCCACUGGAUCAUUAGUCCAAAUGCAUGGUACCAAUGAUGUGCCCAAGUGCACUGAAACUGCUGCCCUGAUGACCAGUACUGCAUGCAUUGCCUCCUCAGCCCCACCUGAUGGGUAUAACACCUCUCCCAAAGACCCUGAUGGGACAUGCAAGGCUGCUCUGCCUGCUCAGGAGCAGGCUGAUGCUGAGGGCUGGGGAGAUCUGGGUGAGACCACAUUACCUGGUGAAGAGAAGGCUGAGCCUGAGGGAUGGGGAGAUCCGGGUGAGGCCACGUCACCUUGUGAAGAGAUCGCUGAUUCUGAGGGCUGGGGAGAUCUGGGUGAGACCACGUCACCUGGUGAAGAGAUACCUGAGCCGAAGGGCGGGAGAGGCCGCGGUGAUCCGCUAGUUGGGGCGUCGCCGGAGCCUGAGGCGCCGCGGGAGCAGGACGACUGGGGCUGGACGGACGAUCGGACGUCGCCCGGUCCCACCCAGGACGUGACCGUCCCGGUAUCCAAAGCCAAGGCCUCAGCGGGGUCCGCGCCGUCGUCAGCGCACGUGUCCGUGACCUCAGAUGAGCUUGUUACCGACGCGCCAGACAAUACUGCGGCAGAGGACCGGCCGACAGACGCGGCGGCCGAGGCGAGGCCAGAGAAGGCGGCGGCGGCGGACGCCCCGGAGCGGAAGCGUCCGGAGCGCCGGGAGCGGCGCGGCCCGCUGAAGCUCGGCGCCAAGAAGCUUAGCUCCAAGCUGGCGCCGUCCGCUCAGGACGGCUGGGGCGCGUGGGAGGCCUGGGGCACGUCCCUCAUCAGCUCGGCCCGCGACGUGACCAAGACGGUGCUGGAGACGGUGGAGACUGGGUUCGGAGCGCCCGAUCCGGAGGAGCUGCUGAUCGGCAAGCGCACCAUGGACGUGCUGCAGGACGACCAGCUGGGUAUCCACGACACGAUCAGCCAGCUUGGCGGACAGAAGCCGUGCCUGUCACAGGCGCUGCGGGAGGCCCGAGAGAAGCGCGGCGACGCAGUGCCGGGCGCAACUCCGGCGCGGUCCGACGGCGGCCCCCAGCUGCCGCCUACCUUCAGCCGGCUGUUCGACCAGUGCGACGGCACUGUGCACCUGGAGGCGCUGGAGAUGCUCUCCAGCCGCACCCUCAGCCGCGUGAAGUCGGCCCGGAGCCGCGCCGACGACGGUGUCGACGUCAUGCUGGACGUGAUCGAGGACCUGUGCUCGCCGGACGAGCUGGAGGAGGUCGCCGACACAGCCGACUUCGAGGCCGAGCUGUCGGCGCUGGUGGCGCGUCUCUCUGUGCCUAUUAAGCCGACCCGGCUCGUCAUUGUGAGUCCGCGCAGCACCGCCGCCGCCCGGCACCGCGGGCGUCAGCGUCAGUGA